GUCACAUCCGCGCGGGUUGGUGAGUUCCGGUAUUUCAGGGCGUAGCAGGCGGAAGUAAGGGUAAGAGGAGGCUGCAACGCCGAGCGGAGGAGGCAGGAACCGGAGCGCGAGCAGUACUUGGGUGGGCACCAUGGCUGGGAUCACCACCAUCGAGGCGGUGAAGCGGAAGAUCCAGGUUCUGCAGCAGCAGGCAGAUGAUGCAGAGGAGCGAGCUGAGCGCCUCCAGCGAGAAGUUGAGGGAGAAAGGCGGGCCCGGGAACAGGCUGAGGCUGAGGUGGCCUCCUUGAACCGUAGGAUCCAGCUGGUUGAAGAAGAGCUGGACCGUGCUCAGGAGCGCCUGGCCACUGCCCUGCAAAAGCUGGAAGAAGCGGAAAAAGCUGCUGAUGAGAGUGAGAGAGGUAUGAAGGUUAUUGAAAACCGGGCCUUAAAAGAUGAAGAAAAGAUGGAACUCCAAGAAAUCCAACUCAAAGAAGCUAAGCACAUUGCAGAAGAGGCAGAUAGGAAGUAUGAAGAGGUGGCUCGUAAGUUGGUGAUUAUUGAAGGAGACCUGGAACGCACAGAGGAACGAGCUGAGCUGGCAGAGUCCCGUUGCCGAGAGAUGGAUGAGCAGAUUAGACUGAUGGACCAGAACCUGAAGUGUCUGAGUGCUGCUGAAGAAAAGUACUCUCAAAAAGAAGACAAAUAUGAGGAAGAAAUCAAGAUUCUUACUGAUAAACUCAAGGAGGCAGAGACCCGUGCUGAGUUUGCUGAGAGAUCGGUAGCCAAGCUGGAAAAGACAAUUGAUGAUUUGGAAGAUGAGCUCUAUGCCCAGAAACUGAAGUACAAGGCCAUUAGCGAGGAGCUGGACCACGCCCUCAAUGACAUGACCUCUAUAGCGUCUCUACAGCCAACUUGAGCGAAACCGCCUGCUUUCUAAUGAGCUGAAGCUAACGCUGCAUGAUCUGUGUGACUGAUGGGCAGGGCUCAAUGAUGCCCAUUAAACUGAGCUUACUGCUCACACCACUGACCUGGACCCCAACAAAAAGCUGAUUGUCUUUUUAAAAGUUAUUAUUUUGCCCUGAGCAAAUUGCAUUUUAAUUGGGGCAGUUAGAAUGUUGAUUUCCUAACACCAUUGUGAAGUUGACCAUUGUGAAGUUUCUGUCCCUUUAGAAGAGAUUAUGGGUGAAGAAGGGAAGGGGCCUGAGAGAUUAUAGUGAGAAAACUUGCGAGAAUUUUGUUUUCCACCCUUAUUUGCUGCUCUUUCACUUGUGCACUGACUAUAGGAUAUGUUCCCUUGCAUGGAUGUUUUUAACAAUAAAAGGACUGACUUGACAAGUUGUUGUAACUGCUUCAUCUGCAGGCCCAGGGAUGGGUCCUUCUGACUGGGUGGAAAAAAGGGAAGUGAAAGAAAAGUUGUGGGAUAUGAAUAUGGGUCUGUGUUGCCAUCACCUUCUCUGAGAAAGAUUUGAGUAUUUUCGUCACCUCUUUAGAGCAGUCAGAGUGGUUUGCUUGCUAGACAGAUUAGAUUCUCCUUAAUGUUCAGCUGCUGAUUUUCUUUCUGACAUUUUCCCUUUUGCUUCCUUUUUCUGGUUUUAUGUUUAAUUUCAAGUAACUGUCACAAGCUAGUUCUGUUCAAUAGCUCUGCAGCAAUCUCAAGGUUUGCUUAUAACCACUUGUUUCAGUAGUAUUCUUGGCUUUGUUUUCUUUAGAGAUUAUUUGACUUAACUGUGAGCGCCCGUUUAUUUAUCCCUUCGGUUAUUACUUUGGCCUCUACUUUUUCGAAAAAACAUGUAGUGCAUGAGGAUCUUCCUGUUCUCUUUAUAAUCUGAGAUUCUGAUGUUUCUAUUGUUUGCAAUGUUCAAACUCCAGUGAGCCAUUUCAAGAGGGUAUUGUUAUGUGGGCAAAACCUAGAAAAGUGGAUGGCUGAUGCUUAAGGCUUGCUCUUUCAUUGACUAAAAGCUGAAAGUGUUGGUUGGAUGUGGGAGGGAGAGGAAAUGGCUGAUAAGGGCCCUAACUCCCUCACCCAGGAAGUACAGCAACACCUACAACUUCAGUAGGCAAGCCAAAGGCCCUACAAAACCGGGUGAUGUAAUAGCUCACUUCUGUGGCUGAGAAAGCAGCUGCUUUAUUAGUCUGCCGCUUCUCUGCAACAGGAGCAAGUCUCAAAGAGCGGGUAGACCUUGACAUUUACUUCUAGUUUUUGUAACUUCUCUCCUUUACCCCCAUUAGAUAAACUGAAAUGCACCAAAGAGGAGCACCUCUGUACACAAAGGAUGCUGGACCAGACCCUGCUUGACCUGAAUGAGAUGUAGAACGCCCCAGUCCCACCCUGCUGCUGCUCCUCCCUCUGACCCAGACUCCGCCUGAGGCCAGCCUGCCGGAAGCUGACCUUUAACUGAGGGCUGAUCUUUAACUGGAAGGCUGCUUUCUCCUUUCGCCACCCCCUCCUUCCCUGUGUCUUUUUCGCCAAACUGUCUCUGCCUCUUCCCAGAGAAUCCAGCUGGGCUAGAGGCUGAGCACCUUUGGAAACAACAUUUAAGGGAAUGUGAGCACAAUGCAUAAUGUCUUUAAAAAGCAUGUUGUGAUGUACACAUUUUGUAAUUACCUUUUUUGUUGUUUUGUAGCAACCAUUUGUAAAACAUUCCAAAUAAUUCUACAGCCCUGAAGCAGCAAUCGAAUCCCUUUCUCGCUUUUGGAAGGUGACUUUUCACCUUAAUGCAUAUUCCCCUCUUCAUAGAGGAGAGGAAAAGGUAUAGAUAGGCCUGCCUUACUGAGAGCCAAACAGAGCCCAGGGAGACUCCACUAUGGGAAACCUCAUUGCUCUGUUCAAAGUACUAGCUAAACCAGUAAGGUGAUUCCAGGAGGAGUUAGCCAAACAACAACAAAAACAAAAAAUGUGCUGUUCAAGUUUUCAGCUUUAAGAUAUCUUUGGAUAAUGUUAUUUCUAUUUUUUAUUUUUUCAUUAGAAGUGACCAAAUUAAGAUAGUAAGACCUCUGAGACCAAAAUUUUGUCCCAUCUCUACCCCCUCCCAACUGCUUAUGGAAUGGAUCAUGUCUCCCUUAUGUUGAGGUGACCACUUAAUUGCUUUCCUGCCUCCUUGAAAGAAAGAAAGAAGAUUGUGUUUUUGCCACUGAUUUAGCCAUGUGAAACUCAUCUCAUUACCCUUUUCUGGGUUUGAAGCUGCUGUCUCUAGAAGUGCCAUCUCAUUGUGCUUUGUAUCAGUCAGUGCUGGAGAAAUCUUGAACAGCUUAUGUACAAAACUUUUUAAAUUUUAUAUUAUUUUGAAACUAUGCUUCUUUGGGUUUGUGGCACCCUGGCCACCCCAUCUGGCUGUGACAGCCUCUGCAGUCCGUGGGCUGGCAGUUUGUUGAUCUUUUAAAGUUUCUUUCCCUACCCAGUCCCCACUUUCUGGUAAGGUUUCUACGAGGUCUGUUAGGUGUACAUCCUGCAGCUUAUUGGCUUAAAAUGUACUCUCCUUUUAUGUGGUCUCUUUGGGGCCGAUUGGGAGAAAGAGAAAUCAAUAGUGCAACUGUUUUGAUACUGAAUAUUGACAAGUGUCUUUUUGAAAUAAAGAACCAGUCCCUCCAACCCUCA